AUGGAAGUUGCUGAACCUACACCAGAAGCUUUACAAAGAAAACUUUAUUUUUUAUUAGAACAAUUACAAGACAUGGCAAGAGAAUUACCACCAAAAUAUCAAAUGAGGGUGCCUAUUGAACUUUUGUCUGGAUUAGCAAAUUGUCUUUUAAAUGAUACUGUAUUUGAGAUUGUUAAAGGAUUAAUGGAAAUUCAGCAUGUUACUGAAAAACACCUAUUUCAACAAAGAUUUCAUAUUAUUAAUAAACAUACUUUGGAAAUAAAAGAAAUGAUUAAUUCUACACCAAAUCCAGAACAACAAGAAGUUAAAAGAAAUGUUUUACAUCAAAGGCAUAGGGAGGAACUCAAGCAAACAGAUAUGAAACUAGUUAUUCAAUUAGAUCAGAAGGUGAGUGACCAGCAAGACACUUUAGAAAAGGCAGGAGUACCAGGAUUUUUUGUUACUAAUAAACCUUUAGAAAUUAAAGUGCAAAUGUAUCUUCUUGACUUCAUAUUAAGAUUAAGUAAAAUGGAUAUACCACAGUAUUGUAAA